UAGUCGAGGCAUGUGCUCGCCAGUUUACCUCAGGAUCUCGAACCGGUCGCGACGCUACGUUCGGAAGAUUCCAAAUAUUCGAGUUAUACGAGUCGUACGAGGUCAAAGCUUGAGGGUCUAAUCCUUAACCAAUAGAUUCGAAAUAUUGCAUUAUCUUUCACAUUCCUUCUUCUAUCUUCUUAGCUUAUCUCGUUAAAUUUUUGUUUUUUCGACAAAAGCGAAAAUUCCUUUGGAGGAUUUGAUUUUCGAAAAAAAAUGGGAACGCAAAUGCGAAGCGUCGUCACCGAUAAACUCGCCACAACCACCAAAGGUAUAUCUUGGUCGACUACGGAAACACCUUUCACACCGGAAGAAGAAGAUGCGAUCGUAACUUUGGUCGUCGUAGUAAUUGGCGUAAUCGUCACUAUUGUUAUUUUAUUUUCAAUGGGAAUUUUUAUCGAUUGUAAACAUCAAAAGAAGGAAACCUUUAAGAAGAGGAAACCGAGACUAAAAAUGCCACAAAUUCCACGCGUUCGAAGGACACAACCUGACGACGUUAAGUCCUUUGCCUCCGAUAUGUGUCCAAACGAUACAACCGAUUCGUUUUCAACGAGAGAUGCCAUAGUUUGAUUCUCUUCGAUCGAACGAUUCUCUUUUCGUAUUGAUUAAUAUAAGUGCACGAAUUUCGUUCGAAACAGUCGAACAAACAGAAACAAUUAAUGACUUUUUUCUACGAACUUACGAAAAAAUUUCACGAACAACGUUGAUAGGAUAUUGUAUAUCCAUUACUACUACGAAGUCGAACGACAUAGUGUUUUAUCGCUGUGAUUUAUGCAAUCUUCUUUUACGUAACUCUUCUUCAUCGUGCUUUUUUUUUCCUUUGAAAAGCAGCAAGAAAGAGCAGGUACCGAUUUAUUGAAACUAACGAAUUAUCGAUCAUUGGUCGAUCAACGUCUCUUCUCGAUUGUUUUAUACGAUUGCGCUGGGUUGCUUCUCGAUUAUUGAUUUUCAAAUAUAAAUUGAAUUGAGAAUCACGUACAACGAGAUUCGAAUUAUCGUAACCAAUGACCAUUUUAUUGGAGAGGUUAAACAAACAGAAAAAAGUAUAUCAUUGAAAAUAUUUGAUACAUGUCUCUCAACAAGCUACCAUUAAUUUUUCUUUAGAAUUGUUCCAACGAAUUUAUAUAUGUAAUAUAU